ACGCCCAUGUACUUCUUCCUGUCCAACCUGUCCUUCGUGGACAUCUGCUUCACCUCCACCACUGUCCCAACGUUGCUGGUGAACACUCAGAGGCAGAGUAGAGCCAUAGUGUACGGAGCCUGCUUUGCACAGAUGUAUUUCUGUGUACUCUUUUCCGGCCUGGACAUCUGUCUGCUGACCGUGAUGGCCUAUGACCGCUUUGUGGCCAUCUGUCACCCCCUGCACUAUACAGUCAUCAUGAACCCCCGGGUCUGUGGGCUGCUGGUCCUGGGGUCCUGGAUGUUGAGCAACUUUAAUUCUCUGAUGCACAGCUUACUGACACUGCCACUAUCCUUUUGCACAGACUUGAAGAUUGACAACUUUUUCUGUGAACUCAAACAGAUUAUCCUACUCGCCUGUUCUGACACCUUAAUCAAUAACGUGUUGUUGUAUCUUGCAGCUGUUCUUAUGGGUGUUGGGUCCCUGAUUGGGAUCCUUUAUUCUUACUCUAAGAUUGUUUCCUCCAUACGUCGAAUCUCCUCAGCGCAGGGCAAGUAUAAGGCAUUUUCCACCUGUGUGUCUCACCUCUCGGUGGUCUCCUUGUUUUUUUCUGCAAUCCUCGGAGUGUAUCUUAGCUCUAAUAUCCUUACGACUCACAGCUCACGGUCAAACUCAAUAACCUCAGUGAUGUACACAGUGGUCACACCCAUGCUAAACCCCUUCAUUUACAGUUUGAGAAAUAACCAAAUGAAGAGUGCGCUGAAAUCUUUGUUUGUGAAGAGAAGUACAGGACAUUUGGCCUAG